AUGGCAGCAUUGUCGUUAGGUUCCAAAGACCAUUCACUAGUUUGCGCUGCAGUCUGGAGUUGCCUCGUUCAUUGCUAGAGUUCCCCUUUUAGCCUGUGAUCUCCGCACUCCAUGGUCGAGGAGAGACGAAGCCCUUGAUAUAAACGUCCAGGGAGACUGGGAGUAACCUUUCUACCAUCUGAAAAGCAGUGAAGUUUCUCAGAACGAGAACGGCCCCAGAUGUGAAGAGGGUGAGUUGAUGAUGCAAUGGCGAGAUGCCACACAUGGCACAGGGACGGCUUCAGACUCUGCAGGUCUACAAACUCAUCCAGUUCGUCAGGCAGCAGGAGAAGGCGGAGAUCGAGAAGCUGCUGGCGUUGGGCGUGCCUCACUUGGUCAACCUGAGCGAGCCCAGCCAAGGGGAAUUUGCCCUGCACGUGGCUGCCUUGGCCAACGAUGUUGACACGUGCAAGCUGCUGCUGUCGCUCGGCGCCGAGCCCAACAUGGUGGAUCUGGACGGGCGGACGGCAGUGAUGGUUGCUGCCGAGGCGGGCCACGACCUCACCAUGGAGGUGUUGGCAGAGGCAAACGCCGACAUGACCAUCGUGGACAAAGAAGGCAAAGGCAUUCUGUACUACUGCAUCUCCCCCUCCAUGCGCCACCUGCAUUGUCUGGAGAUCGCUCUGGCACACGGAGCCGACGUCAACAACUGCUCAAAAGAGGGCAAGCCAGUCUUCCUGUUGGCUUGUGAACAGGCGGCGGCCUGCUCCGAAAUGUGCCUGCAGAUUCUCGAGAGGGGUGCCGACCCAAACUCCAAGUAUGAGGCCACAGGUCACACCGCUCUGAUGGAAGCGUCCAGGGAAGGUGCCGAGGAUGUUGUCCAGGCCAUCCUGGAGAAAGGGUGUGAGGUCAAUCUUCUGCAAAAUGAUCGGUACAACGCUGCCCACUUCGCCGCCCAAUCAGGAUCCUUUGAGGUCAUUCGAGCCUUGGUUGCUUACAACUGUGAUAUCGAUAUCAUUAACACAGAUGGAAAUACUGCUCUGCAUCUGGCAGCGUUGGGAGGAUUUGCUGACUGUGCCAAAUUCUUGGCACAACGAGGGAGCAGCCCCAAGUUGAAAAAUUUGCAGUUAAAGACUCCCAGGGUCGCUGCCAAAGGACUUGGGUUUAAACUGGUGUCCAAGGAGCUGCGGAAGGUUGAGCGGCUCCUGACAAAGAAUUCCAAGCCGGGCGUGAAGAACCCCAGCCCGCCCUGGCUCAUCCACCUCUACGACUGGGCGCUCUAUCACGAGCACACUCUGCGCAACGCCUUCGCCACCAUGGACAGGGGGGACGGAACGCUGACCAGAGAGGACUUUGCCACCAUCUUGGCCGGCAGGAACGCGCCGAUUCAGGAAGACGGGGUCGUGAUGCUGAUGACAGCCCUGGACAAAGCCCGCACGGGAAUCAUCGACGUCAGCGAGUUCUUCAAGGGCGCCAAGUACCUCGAGAAGGCUUACCUCAUGUCCUCGUACGAACCAAAGAAGAAGAAGGGGAAGAGGGGCAGGAGGGGCAAGAAAGGCAAGCUGAACAUACCAAUACCCAUUUGCACUGUCCCAGAUGAGUACAUGCAGCGACGGGAGGAUGGGGGUCCACCAGACUUUAUGAUCGAACGCUUCAGGAACUUUACAGACACGAAUCGGUUCACCCGGGACAAGCCACCUGAACAUCCGCUGCAGGAUGAUUCAUCGUGGUACUUGGAGAAACCGGAGAAAGUGUACACCAGUAUUAACUACGCAGCAAAGGCGGAUGAUAUGCAAUCUUUAAAGAAAGCCUUAUACCAGGGAGUGUCAGUCAAUGUGCAGGACAAAUACUACACAACUCCGCUCAUGGCAGCUUGUUCGGAUGGGAAUUAUACACUGGCCAAAUUCCUCGUGGAAGCUGACGCUAAUGUAAACACCUACGAUAAUUUAAUGUGGACGCCCCUUCACCAUGCGUGCCAUGCGGGCCAGCUGGACAUUGUACAGCUGCUGGUGAAGGCCGGAGCGACAGUCAAUGCCGUCUCCAUCAACGGAGCCACGCCUUUGAUGAGGGCAAUAGAAAGCUGCAGAGUGGAUUGUGUCAACUACCUGAUUGAGCGCGGCGCCAACGUGGAACUGGUGAACCAGAAAGGGCAAAAUGCGUUGGACAUAGCAAACGCCUACGCCGACAUCAGGGUAGUUGAUGUGGUCAAAGCCAAGAUGGACAGUCUUCCGAAGAAAGAGAAAGGAAAAGGCAAAGGAAAAGCAGGAAAAGGGGGGAGUGCAGCAUCUUCAAGACCCCCGACAACCGGAGCGGCCCCUGUGCUUGCGGAGCUGAUAUCAGUACCUCCUCCUUCGGCAAGAGUAUCAAAGAGGGAAUUUAUUAAGGACAGCAUAGCAAAGAAAAGUGAAAUGUUAAAUAGUGGAACACCAAAGAGAGUGGACAUAACAUUUGUACCAAAAAGUGUAUGGAGUAACCCGCCAAUGACUGAGAAACUAAUUGAGAAGAGAGUAUAUAAUCGGGGGAGAUUCACUUAUGAAGUGGAUUUUAAUGACUUCCUAAUGCCUUUUAGAAAAAACAUCAAAGCAAAAUUGGAAGAACUAUAAAGUACAGAUGCCAAGUAGCGAGAAAAUUGCACGUUGUUAGCGGUAGAAUUCGGAAAAAUAAAAUGAUCUCACGGAAAAUUAUGUGAAUAAAUGGCAGAUGCGAAAACAAAGAUUUUAUUGCAAGAACAUGUAAAAAGAAUU